AAUCAAACUUUUGCCAUUUAUUUAAUAUAAUUUAUUUUUAUAUGAAAAUGUUGUCCAAAUUUGUUGAAAUAAAACAUUUUUCAGAUAAACUAUUUUGUGAUAUCCUGUAAAAUACUAAUACUUAUAGACGUUAUGUUAUAGACUGUAUGUUAGGCUUUAGUGUAUAGCAGUGUAUGAACACAACAACAAUAACAUGAGUGCAAUGUUUUGAUGAAACCAAUGGUUGACUUAAUGUUUGCAUUAAAGCCUUCAAGUAUUGCGUAGACAUUGACUGAGACUUACAUCUGAAGUCAAUAUUAAUGAUAUUUACUUUGAUUUGAUCCACAAUUUGACAACAAUUGAUGACUCACUGAAAUAACCAAUUGAUGGACAACUAGUGAUAGUGUUGUGACCAGUGAUGGCUCAAGCAAUGGCAUUGCAAGGCUUUGAUGAUAUUAUUGAAGAGAUUGAGAGCAACAAUAGCGGCACAAGUAAUGGUCUGUCGGAGACAUUGUGUCCAACAAUGGAGCCAAUAGUGAUUCGCGGCAACGGAAACAUCACCCUAUUUGGUCUUUCAAAUGGAUUCGCCGAUACGUUUCCGUCAUCUUUGUUGGGACGGGUGUCUCGUGAAGAGUUUGAGAGUACUGUUCAUCGGAUCAAUGCUUUACUUCGGACACAACACUCAACUAAUGCCAAACUUCUAAUACUUGGAUGUCUUUGCUGUUGUUGUUCUUUAGGCUGUUCUCUUCUGUGGCCAACUCUGGCGCUCUCCAAGAGAACCAAAAACUCGUUGGAAAAGCUAUUAUCACAUGAAAACUACAAACUUUAUCAUAAAUUGGGUCUCAAUUGGCGAUUAGCUAAACAAAGAUGUCAUACAAAUCAUUCAUUUAUGGAGUAUGUAUUAGUCAUUGAAUUUUUACCGAAACUUCAUUUAUAUCAACCCGACUAAUGGCCAGACAUAAUAUAAUGUGACAAAUGAUAAGCUAUUGUUGACCUCAAGGAUUGUGUGGUGAAUCUCAUGACAACACAACCUAACCAACACAUUAUUAAUCGAUUAUAAUUUAUGUAAUUAUUAUUAUAUUUAAUAUAAAAUUAUAAAUUAUAAUAUAUGUACAGUAUAUUCAACAUAUUUUAUUAUUACCGUAGUAUUUAUUUUAUUU